AGCCAGUGGAAUUCGAGCUGACUUGCGUGAAGCACCUCAAGGUCGGCUUGAGUUGCCCGCGUUGUUAUCUUUGUGAUCGAAGAAUGCCCAAAGUGGAGUGAAUGUCGGUGAUAACGAGCGCAGAAGUUUUUUGUUGAUAAAGUGAGCAAAGGUGCGAGGCGAAGAAAGUGGAAAGAAUAGGAAACAACAGAAGUGAAUGGUUAGAGUGGAGUGGAGUGACGUCAGGGAGUGCCAGUGCCAGUGGUUUUGUCACGAGUGUUGGCUGUUUUUGGAUUAGUCCAGGUGACAUGCGGAGGCAUCAGCAGGCAAGUGCAGCACGAGGAUAUAGUGUGCUGUCUUGAAUGUGUGUACCGACUUGUGGAACUCAUCGCUAUUAGCUAGAAGAACAUAAAUUGUAGAUGAAAAAACUUACAAUCCAUUCCGGCGUAAUUUGGCAGAAAAAAGUGGUGCUUCUAUGGGAAAGUGUGUCUCGAAGCACCCGUCGGUGGUUAAUUUGACUGAAAGUGACUUCACCACCAAAGGGAUAAAAAGAAAAUUCUCGGAGAUUUCUGAUUGCACGCCAAUUUGCGAGGAGGACGAGGAAUACUGCAACAGUGUCACAGAAGACAAAAACCGGAAAAAUGCGGGCCAAUCAGAGAGCAAGAAGAAUUCGAAGAAGGCAGGAGCCCCUGAGACAAAGGGAACAGCAAUGUCAUUCGGUUUCCGUAAGAAAAUUCAAUCUGCGAACAAGAAAAAUGCGAACAUAUUCAAAGACAAAGGAAAAGAAAAGGAAAAAGCUGUGGAUCUAAUCAAAUAUCAAGACAAACUUGAUCAAAAACAUGUAACGACUGUGAUAUCCAAUCAAGAGGCUAUAGUGACUUCGGCAGAUGCACAAGCGAAUGAUUCAAAUGGAAAUGAGGGGACAGAAUCCACAAGUGAUAAACAAGAUGGAAAACGCAACGCCGCGCCAUCAAUAAAGCGUGAUGCUGGAAGCGGACUGCCGGCGUACAAGGGAAGUCGUUUUGGCUUUAGGGCAUCGAAUAUAGUGCGGCCUGCAUCGGCAGGGCUAACGCCCAAAGUGACCGACUUUGAGGAGAACAUCGAGAACAAUAAUGUCACAGAAAAACGUCGCUCCAAGAGUGCAACAGGUACACAACGUUUACAAACAGCACCAACUACCCGCUAUCAAAUCAAUGACCAGCAUCAUGUCUCCGAAGUGAUUUCGAAAAACGCGAUUCCAAAAAUAGGCCCCGCCACAACUACAGCAUCAACAACAUUCAAUAAUAGAAGCCAGUGGUUCUUGCAACAGGAAAGACGCAACAAUAUGUCUGAAUUUCAGCAAAGUGGAUUCGGCAAACCGCCGACGUCAGGCCAAUACACAGUCAUCAACACCGGAAUGCACACGAAUGUUAUCGUGAAACCAAUGCCACAGCCCGCAGUUGCUUCUGUUUCGAGAUUCACGCUGCACACGACCAGCUUGCCAAAGCCACAGUAUCCUGUGCCAAUCAGUUUGCCGUCGUCGCGAUCCGCAAUGGAUUCAAAGAAUGUGAAGCAAGUGGUGAACAAUACCCGCAAAGGAUUUACUGGUCCUCGUGAGAUAUCUACAGAUUCGGGAAUCGCCAGCCUCGAUGCCACUUUUGAAUAUUCUACGGCGGGUGGAGGGCAGUCCCCCUCACGACAUUCACGUGCAAGAAGCAGACCACGUAAUCUUGAGAUGGUCUUCAAUAGUCGUCACAAAUUUGAUGUUCGGGACUUGGACGAUACGCUGUCGUGUGAUAGUGUGGAACCUUUAGCGCUCCCGAAAUUGCCAAGUGUAUUCUCGUCUGAUAACCAAACAGUGCCAUUGAAUGGUUUGGUGCGUUCGAGUUUUAAUAUGAGCCAGGAAGAAGCAGAAGAUCAAAUGAAUUGCCGAAAGACGAGCAGAAGUCAAUCAGAUGCCGAAAAUAACGAAGAAGAAAAAUUAUAUCGAGAUAGAUCUACUUCUGAGAAAACUGCAAAGAACCCAUCAAUUAAAGACUACAAUAUAUCCAGUAAAAACUCAUCACCAGUAAGCUCGCGGUCUUCAUGGUGCAAUGCUGGAGAAUCCCUUGCUCCUAACGACUGCAGCAGUUUCAGCUUGAGUAGCAGCGAUGAAAGCAAGGAUAAUCAAAAUGAAAAGGCAUCAUUCAAAGUAUUCGAAGACAUAUCUUCAAUAGCAACCACUGAUAAGCCUAGUCAACUUUCAUCACUCUCAACUGAAACCCCGAAAGCAAAUGAAAAAAAUAAUCAGAGGACAACAAUGGAACGACCUGGAACACUUUCAAAUAUCGCUGAAACAAAGUUCGCCGAAAUGGCAGCCGCGGUCAGCGACAUACUUUUAGAUGACGAAACUUCCCCGACUGAUAGUUUAGUAAGCAGCACAGAAUCAGAGGAGAUGAUGCUUAAAAAGGAGAAAGCCAAAAAGAAACUUAUUGAGGAUGCCCGCGAAAAGGACAUAGAUGAAAUAUCACCGGAAAUUGAUUUAGUCAGCAGUCCAAGAUCGCCAGGGACACCAACGCAUGCAUCCAAUUCACUUUCAUUGUCAGAUGCUGGAAGGGAUUUUUUAAUUGAUGACGAAAUCGCUGACCAACCUGCACUUCUAUUCAGCGAUAAAGCCGAUUUGGCCGACGCAAAUCAAAUGCGACAUUCUUUAACCGAUACACCAACUUUGAUGGAAUCGAACUCGAUUAAAUCUUCAGCACAAAUAUCAAAGCCGAAAUUACCAUCAUUAAUCAAUUUAGAAAACAGUAAUAGGACGCCUAAAAUCAAGAGACGGUCCACCUUGCUAUCAAAGGCAGAGUCACUAGAUACAUUGUCCCCUUGUGAGUCAAUUGCAUCCGAUGAUUUGAUGAUGGAUUUUGAAACUAGCAGCUUGGAUUCAAUAGAUAGGCUAUCACAUUCGAUCAAGAGCCAGAGUGGGUCAGCUUUGAAUGGGAUUGACGACUUACAGUUAUUUUCGGAGUUAGAUGUUAAAAGUGGUGAGCUAAUUCGUGAAUGGAACAACGUCUUGCGAAUUCAUCGUACAGGCAACGACAGUAUAAGCUCAUUACUACCCGCCCGUGCGACCCGCCUACUCAACAGGUCGCGCCUUCAACAGAGCCAACUUAGCAACACAGGCUCGGACAGUCCCAGAUCAAUUGAUAGUCUUCCGCAUAAGCACUCCCGAUCGUCUCUGAGUGGAAAGGACACAGCCGUUUCGUCGGACGACCUCCUGUUUGCAGACAAAUCGUUUAGAAAUUCGAUGAUUCAAGAUGUUCAGUAUUUCAAGAAACAGCUGAUUCGUCUCCGAAGGGUUUUACAAGAUGACGAAGAAAAUUUGAUGAGGACUGAAACUCUCAACCCAUUCGAACAAAGUAAUGGGAAAUUAUUUGCAUCUUGUGAAUUAGACAGCAGUCAAGUAACAGCAGAUGAAAAGGACCUAAGUAGCCUGGCUUCGUCAAUAGCCGAUGAUCCUCGACAGGAGUUAGCCGAUCUACGAAGACAGGUUGUUUACCUUCAGGGACAAUUAGAUGAUCGGGAUAGAACAAUACGUAUUCAAAAGAAUUUAAUAGAGAAAUUAGAAUCAGAAAGAUCAACAACUUCAGUGGCAACAUCGAUCUCGGAAAAGGAAUGCAUAAAUACAGCCACACAAACCGAUAGGGUACGACCACUGUCCAUAGGCCAAGAAGGACUAGCAAGGAGUAAACCGGAACUGACAAGCUACACCACGCAUUUUCCUGCGAACAAUAAUGCAACACAACCAGACAAAGCAGGACGCCGCCAUACAGUGAUCUCAACCACUUUGACUAAUCUCAACCACAUCGCAUCAGCUUGCCCAACUAGGCGUGCUUCCUUAAGCCUCGAAAAGCUUACCUACAAACCUGUCAAGACCACUAUGAUCGGUGAACCCGUUAAGGAAACCGCGCUUGAAGCGUCCGCAACAUCUAAAAGUUCAUCAAACGAAGCAUCACCUGUGAAAAGUCUAAGAAAUGGCCUCAAUGGCAUUGCUUUAAACGGUUUUAAGAGCCAGAAUGGUUGCUCAGUACAGCAAAAACAACAACCCCUAACUAAUGGUGCACAACAGUCAAUGCAAAUUUGUCACAAAACUAAAGAGAUUCGAUUCGAUGACCUCAAGCAGGAGCAUCGUACACAAACGAUAACCAUAGUGUGAUAAAAAGUUAAUCCUCAUAAUCGGUAAUGUAUUUUCUAUUCCAAAUCAAACUAAAAGCACAAUGUCAGGAAAGCCUCAAAAUGUAGGAAGGAGGGCGAAAGUAGAGGAGGUUUGGUUUAGGAAUCAUUCAAACCGCUGUAACUUUGUACUUGAUAUUAUUAAGACCAUAUAUGGAACAGAUUCCGAGCAAAAUCUGGAUUGAUCGCGCAUCUUACUUAAUAUUUGGUAUCACAAUUAAAUCAUAACUAGCGUCCCCGAGACGCAACGCAUUUCCGUAUCCUACUCGCAAUAAUAUGAACUGAGAUAGAUCCUACGAAUUUUUCUAGUAUAAAUAGUUGCUUCACAUCUGUUCAAAACGAUGAUUGCCACAAGAUAUUUUUAUAGAGAACUAGCAAGAAACAUUCCUUUGUUGUUGAGUGCAAUCUAAAACUCUAAGCUGUUUUCAUGAGAUAUAAUUAAUAAUUUUUACGCAUUAGUCUUGCACCACUCGUCAUAUUCAUGAUUAUCCACUAUUUUAUAGUUUCCUUAAGGUUUAUUAUUUUAAUGUUUUCUCAUCAUUGCUGUUUUAAGGAAUUCGUUGUACAAUAAUUGCUACGCUAAAUAAAUAUAAGAAACUCUCUGAAUAAAAGGAGAUGGAGGAAAGAUACCUUGUAGUUCUUAUUUAUUGCCAGCACUGGUAUCUGGAGCCGAGAGGUGAAUUUAUUUUAGGAUAAUGUACUCUAUGUAUUUAUUAUUUGCUAUUAUUAACGUUAUUAAACAAGAUAUAUAUAUAUACGAAAAUAUUAUAUUAUACAACCCAUGAAAAAUGUAUUUGAACAAUAAAAGGAACAUUUUGUCAUAAUGUAUUAAUUGGCAGAAAGGACUUAAUAAAUUCUAAUAUUUAUAUUACCUAA